UCUAUAAGUUUUUUUUUGUUUUUAAGUAGAUCGGAAGGCCAUCAUUUUCAAUCCAAUUCCCGCCGAUCAAAGUUACGGUGAGAACAAUCGUUCGAAGAUGGCCGGGAAAUCCAAACCUAAGCCGUUGAAUGUUUACCUUUAUAUUCCGAAUAUCAUCGGGUACCUGAGAAUUUUGAUGAAUUGUGUUGCAUUUGCUGUGUGCUUUGUGGACAAAAAGCUAUUUUCGCUUCUGUAUUUUGUCAGUUUCGUCUGUGAUGCUUUGGAUGGUUGGUUUGCUCGUAAAUUCAAUCAAGCUUCAACAUUUGGGGCUGUUUUGGACAUGGUGACAGAUAGGGUUAGCACUGCCUGCCUGCUGGUUAUUCUUUCACAGGUUUAUAGGCCUGGUUUAGUUUUCUUGUCGUUGCUUGCGCUUGAUAUUUCCAGCCAUUGGUUGCAAAUGUAUAGUACCUUUUUAGUAGGAAAGACAAGUCACAAAGAUGUCAAAGACAGCAGCAGCUGGCUAUUCAGGCUUUAUUAUGGAAAUAGGAUGUUCAUGGGCUACUGCUGCGUGUCAUGUGAGGUUCUUUAUAUUACAUUGUUCCUUCUUACAAGGAAAGAGACUGAUAGUCUUAUCGAUGUUCUUGUAAAUACUGCCACGGCAAGUUGGAUUUAUCUCGUCUUACUUGCUCUUCUUCUGUUCGGAUGGGCAAUCAAGCAAUUUGUUAAUGUUAUACAGAUGAAAACCGCGGCUGAUGCUUGUGUGCUGUAUGACAUGAACAAAAAACAGUAGCACUGACGUAGACGUAAAACAAGAGGCUUCUGCAAUAAUGUUUUUCUGGAUAGUGCAUUUUGGUUUUCUGUAUACCGUGUUAUAGUCACACAUUCAAUUGUCCUUCCAGGUAGAAGCUUCUUUGGUGAUGACUUGAAUUGGGAAAUUCUUUGAUGCAUCCAUUCUGUAGGAAAUGAUCUGAGAUUUUCAACUAACAACUGCUUAUGGCCUAAGACCCUAAUCAUGUGUGUCAUUUCCCCCUCGUCGUUGUGCCUAAAGUUGGAUAUGAUUCUAACGGUGCCUUUGUUGUCUAUUUUUUUGUUUUUGGUUUGUUUAGUUGGAAUGUACAUACUCUUUGGCUUAUCAUAGUGAUUUCAAUUUACGAAUAGCCAUUGGAUUU